UGGAAAUUCCAGGCAGCGAACCCGUCCAUCGCGGCAACCGAUCCGACAUUUGGAGGGGAAAGCUGGUAGACGAAGUCGUUGCGAUCAAGAAGUACAAACCUAAUCAUGAGGAUAUACCUGUCGUUUUAAUGCGCAUUCAGCGGCAGAGCAAAAUUUGGUCCAGCCUCACCAGCGAUUACGUAGUCCCUUUCUUUGGGUGCUGCGGUCCCAAAGACGAGGUUCCCUAUGUUGUGACAAAGUGGAUGGGGAAUGGUGACCUCAAAAGUUUUCUCAAAGAUAAUCCUAACAAGCUCAAUCGCUUACAAGUGUAUCUUCAUUCCCAAAAGGAACCUGUUUAUCACGGGCUUUUGAAGCCGGUUUAUGCCGAGUUUAUGCAGUCUAACAUCCUUGUUGACGAUAACCUACAUGCUCGUAUUUCUGAUUUCGCCCUUGCGUUUACCGAAACACCUACGGGCACCAGGGCGGAUAUUGAGAGGACCACUGCUCCGGAGAUAUUCGAUGGCGAGGUCCCCGGUCCACCCGCUGACGUGUACUCCUUUGGCUGUACCGCUUAUGAAAUCUUAACUGAUAUUGUCCCAAUGGAGGAAGAGAAAAACUUGUGGAAAUUUAGAAAGCGUGUUUGCGCGGGAGAAAUCCGCCCAACGUUUCCUAGCAACAGUGAAACCGCGGCGCGGUGGGGGCUCGCCAGGGCGAAUGCACCACUGUGGAAGCUUCUCCAGGAGUGCUGGAAUUUGGAUCCUAAGCAGCGCCCAACUGCAGCUGAAGCACGGAGUCGAUGGGUUAGCAUCAUGACUGAAUUGCCCACUUGAAAAGAAGGGAUGUGAUUUGUGAAUGUGUGGGCGCGUUCCCCGGGAGACUCGUCAUUCAUGUUUCCAUCGCCCUGAUUCUCGAAUUCAUGUAGACAUCCAUCGGUUAGAUUGGUUACCAUUUUAUGACAAAGGGUAGUACGAUCAACUUUGAAAAAUAAGAGCGUA